CACCAAGACAAUCAUCAAAAUAAUAAUUUGCAAAGAUUUUGAUAGUGAUCUGAAGACUAUCCUAGAUUAACAAUUUACAACAUCUAUGCCUGCUGUGCCCCUCCUUUAUGCUCCCACCUUUGUUUUUAUCUCACUGGUAUAAACCCGGACAGAGUUCCACAGGCUGAAUGCUGGAGUUAUUGCACAGAUCGCCAUGCUUGUCUGGAUAGUGAUUGCAGUGGGGAUUCUUCUCGCCAUAUUUUUCCGCAAUCCGCACAUUUUCCAGGAUGUCCAAUUCGUGAGGAAAAAGUUGAAAGUGAGGAGCCGCAUCCUUAAAUACAUGCAGACCAACUAUACCAUACUGGAUCGCUUUGUAGAUGCAGUGAAUGCGGAUCCACACAAGCCGUUCGUCCUGUUUGAAGAGGAGACCUUCACCUACCGGGACGCGGAGGAGCUCAGUAACAAAGCUGCUCGGGUCUUCCUACAGAGCGGCCUGGUGAAGGAAGGAGACACGGUCGCGCUGUUCCUCAGAAAUGAGCCCGUUUUUCUGUGGGUAUGGCUGGGUUUGCUGAAGAUCGGAUGUUUUGCUGCUUUCCUCAACUUCAACAUCAGAUCCAAAUCCCUGUUGCACUGCUUCAACUGCAGCGGGGCCAGGAUUCUGGUCGCUGCUGAAGAGUUACAGGAUGCUGUGGAGGAGGUCUUGCCCGCUCUGUUGGAGCAGCAGGUCACUGUGUUCAUCCUGAGUGACAGAUGCAAAACUGCAGAUGUGAGGAGCUUCAAAGAUAAAAUGAGCCAGGCGUCCUCUGAGCCUCUGUCCAAGGAUUUAAGGUCAAAUGUAACCUUGCGGAGUCCAGCAGCCUACAUUUACACAUCCGGGACGACAGGUUUCCCUAAAGCAGCAGUGAUCUCUCAUGCCAAACUGUGGCAAGUAGCCUCCUUUCCGUCUUUAGCAGGAAUGAACUCUGAUGAUGUGAUUUAUAUCAGCCUCCCUCUCUAUCACACCAGCGGCUUCCUUGGUUUUGCUUCAGCCAUUGAGAGAGGUAUCACACUGGCUUUGAGGAGACAGUUCUCUGUGUCGCAGUUCUGGGACGACUGCAGGAAGUAUGACGUCACUGUCAUACAGUACAUAGGGGAAACCAUGCGUUACUUAUGCAACACACAUAAGAAACCUAAUGAUCGAAGCCACAAAGUGAGACUUGCAGUAGGCAACGGGAUCAGAGCCGAUGUUUGGAGGGACUUCAUCAGCAGGUUUGGAAAUGUUCAAAUCGGCGAGUUUUAUGGAGCGACUGAAGGGAAUUUUGGUCUGAUAAAUUACAGCGGCAAGAUCGGGGCUGUUGGCCGAGACUCCUUCUUCCAUAGGAGAUACUUUCCGCACGCUGUGAUCAAAUUUGACGUAGAAACAGAAACACCUCUGAGGGAUUCCUCUGGAUUAUGCAUAAAAGCUGCCAAAGGCGAGCCUGGACUUCUGGUUUCUGAAAUAUCAUUGACGGCUCCGUUCCCUGGGUAUAAGGGAGACCUGCAGCAGUCUGAGAAGAAGAGGCUGCAUGACGUCAUCAGGAAAGGAGACUUGUACUUCAACACUGGUGACCUGUUGCGCUUUGAUGAGGAUAACUUCUAUUACUUUCAGGAUCGAGUCGGAGACACUUUCAGAUGGAAAGGAGAGAACGUGGCUACAACUGAGGUGGCUGACGUCAUCACGAUGGUUGACUGCAUUAAAGAAGCCAGCGUCUAUGGAGUGGAAGUGCCAGGUCAUGAGGGGAGAGCAGGAAUGGCUGCCAUUAAUUUAAGUAAAGGACUCAGAUUGGACUCGGCAGCUGUUUUCACACAUGUAGAAAACUUCCUGCCCGCCUACGCAAGGCCACGAUUUCUGAGGAUUCAGAGCUCCUUGGAUGUUACAGGCACAUUCAAGCAUAUGAAGGUGAAGCUGGUGAAGGAGGGUUUCAACCCAAAUCAAAUCAGCGACCCGCUCUACUUUCUGGAUGUAAAAGAGAAGCGGUACGUCCCACUUACCGUGGACAUAUUCAACUUGAUCACAUCAGGCCAGGUCAAAAUUUGAAGUUUUUACCUGCCUUCAUUGUCACACAUCAGCCACCUCCGAUUUGAGUUGUUGUUUUGUGAAGAAGUCUUGAGAUUGUAUCAUAUUGGCUAACAUGUCUACUUCUACUUUUUGAGUUCUACUAAAUGACCUAAAUCCUCCUGUAAAAAGCCUGUUUGAGCUGAGAUCAAAUGUUAUAGUUUUAUUAAUUGAGUGAAACUGAGAGCUGGUUAUUCCUUAUUCAAACAGUGACGUCUCGCUGCGGACCACUCUGGUCAAUUGAGGCCAUUGUAUGUGUAGGAGCUGGACACGCAGCAUGUAAACAACACAUUUAUUCUUGUGUCAUUGUUGAAUGUUUGCGACUUCCCUCUCCCUCUUUAUGGAUCCCUUGAGGAAAAUGUCUUUAUUCUUCUGAUUAAUAUUGUGAAUAAAACUGAACUUAUUUUCUAUAAUUAAA